AUGCUUCCCCUCCCUAGCCAACAUAUUUCAGCCAAGUUGGAUCAAUUGAAACAAGAGCAAGAACGGCUGUCGGCGAAGAGUCGUGAGCUCACAGAGCGCAGUAUGGCGGAGUUGGAGGCGUUGGAGGCCGAGGAGCGUGUGGAGGAGCAGGCCCAGACGCUGCCCCAAAGGCAAGCGGCUGGCGCGCCUAAUGCUUCCGUGCCUUCAUUCGAUUGGUCGUCCCUCGACGUGUACGAUUACCCUACUGCUUGGCUAGGUACUCCUGCGCCCCUGGGCAAUCCGGGUUCCUCCGGUGGAAUUCCUCCAACUUCUCAGGGCAACUCAAAUUCGUGA